AUGCUGGUGGUGACUAUAAAACGACAGACUACCUGUAAUAUGAUGGUCAUUGCGUUCUCGAAGUAUUGCGUGAAAAUGUUAGUAAUGGUUCGUUCGUUCAUUUUGGCACUUUUAGUAUUUGCAACAGUGGGUGCUGAGGACCAACAUGCGCUUCGCGCAUUGGUAUCGAAACGUGCACCCGUACGACGCGCGCUAACAUCGUGUGUUAAUGGACGUCGAGAGGAUUGUCAGGAUUGCAAUACCGUUAAAAUUUGUAGCUAUGACCAGACUCCGAUUACACAAUAUCGUUGCCAAGACGUGGAUCCCUCGAAACCUUAUUGCACCGGUGCAGGGAUUUGUUCCAAUGUGUCUGAUCCGAAUUUAAUUUGCCAAAAGACAAGCGAUUUGUGCCCGAUGAAUGCCCCUGGGUUUUAUCCGAAUCCCUCGAACUGCAGCCGUUAUUUAUACUGCGAUGUAAACAUGAUAGGUUUCGAACAAAGUUGCGUGGCAGCCAACAAUGUAUACAACCAAACGACUGAAUCGUGCUUUCUUAAACGUCGUACGGCAGAUUGCUUCCAAGUGGAUUGCAAUAAUUCCCGUAACAAGGAUAAAUGGUUCAUCUACGAUCCGUUCCCACAGUUAUAUUUUAUUUGUUCAUCAAAUGGCCCACUAAUGUUUAAAUGUCCACGUGACACUGAUGUUUUUGAUUUGGAGUUGAAACGAUGUGAGUUCCAGUGUCGUACAGAUGGGCGAUUUGCUCAUCCGACCAACACUAACAUGUAUUACGAGUGUGCAUAUACCAGUGCUUCUAAGCUUCAAAAAUAUGAACUAAGUUGCCCUCCAUUACUCAAGUUCAAUGCAAAUGAUCAGAAAUGUGUUCAGUAG